CCGAACAGCCGCGGUCAAGGCAAAGACCGAAAGGUGGUGGAGGAAGAGGACGACGGGGAGCAGCACCGGAGUGAUCGCCGCCGCGGAGCCGCGCCGCAUGGCCGUGGCGGGCCGAGCACGCAGAGUGGUGUUUGACUGAGCGGCGCGGGCAAAAGUGUUCGAAUCAAGCGCGCCGUGUUGCGCAAGGCCCCGCCCCGCCCUCCCAUUGAGUGCGCCGCCGCCGCCGCCGGUGUACAGUGGUGCCGCAGCGCAAAAGUGCAAAGGAGGCGAAAAAGAAAUAGUGCCAAUCAGUUUUGUGUGUGUGUGUGUGUGUGCACGCUAGUGUGUGUGUGUCUUUGCGUGAGCUGGACUCGCGCCGCCCCCUGUGGAUUACUCAUCGACGCAGCUCAAGACCCGCCGUCGUUUGGAUUAUUGCCGGAUAACACUUUCUUUCUCCCAUGAGCAGUACACCAUGCCUGUGACGAGGAGCGCUUCACCGUCUUGGGCAGUGGCCACGGCCGCCGUCCGACCAGCCUCCGGGAUGCCGCUGGCGCCGUGACGACGAUGCGACAUGGCCGAUGUCGGUUCGGCGGCGGGACCCCGCGGCGGGGUCCCGGACGGGGGCCCACACGACGAGCGGGGAGCAGGAGGAGACCCCCGUGCGGCCGGCGUCACCAGCGGCGAGGAUCCCUACCGGGAUUUCGAAUUGUACUUGGAGAAGGUGGCGGCUGAGCUUGAGAUCGGCGAGGUGUUCGAGGAAUGGCAGACGGCUGCUGGCACCACGACGCGGGGCUUGGCUGCCCCAGGCGCCGCCCCCGACGCCGCCUCUCUGCCGCCGCCCCCGGCCUGCGUCCCCGAGCAUGUCCCUGCCUCGCCGACAGCCGCUUUUGCUCGGCUGCCGCCGCCACCUCCGCCGCCGCCAAGGAGCUCGUCGCGGAGCAAGCUAGUGCUAAGGAUACCUGAGCAGCAGCAGCAGCCCACUGCCCAUCAACAUGACGCCAAUGAUGUCCCCGACGUGGUAGUGGUGCGGGGGUCUCCGCUGAAUGGUGACGCUACGCCACCCCGAUCCAGCCGCCUGAGCAACAACAAGCGGCGCAGUCGGCGAGGGCGGGCGUCGCGCCGGUACAACACUGACACUGUGGUCCAGGACUGGGCUGACGACCCUCUCGCUGACUUUCACGAGCUGGUCCUCCAAGAGCUUGCCGCGCUCGGGCAGAACGCCCACGAGGAGGACGCUGACGUCACCAGUGUCGACGGAGCUGACACAAUGCGCUUCUGGGUAGGCGGUAGCAGGGCGUCGCGUUGCACGCUGUCGGCCCCUGCUUCUGGGCUGGUGUCUCCCGUCGACUCGACGCCGUCCUCGCCGACGCCACCCGACGAGCAGCCCUGGCGUUCGCGAUGGCUUAGGCGCAAGUUGACAGACGACGACGCGGUGCUCGUGAGCAUCACGCCGUUGCCCGAGGACUCCGUGGACGACGACGAGGAGAGAUGCCUCCGUACUGCGGCACUUCCGGACCUGCUCCCUGCGACGAGGCGGGCCGCUACGUUGCCCGCGCCGGGCGUGCAACAGUCGUCGCGUAGGCGGCCCGGGUCCGGCGGAGACAUUAUCGGAAACCAGGACGCCGUGAAGAGGAAGGCCAGUCUGGGCAGGCGCGCGACCGUGAAGUCGGCUGGGCCUGACCUGAUCUCUGAAGACGAUGUGCCGCCUGCGCUCAGCCAUGGAGGGCUCCCGUUGGCAUUGCACAACCUCCUGGCCAAGCUGCGGCCCUCCCCCCGGCCGAGCCUCUCGACCGCCACCGUGGUCUUGGCGCCGCCGGACACUCCCGCCAAUACACCCACCAGCCCGCGGAGCCCGCUGGACGCAGCGCGGGCAGGUCCGCGCUUCCCCGCGGUGGCCAGCACCAUGGGCCUGAACCCCUUCCCGAGGGCGAACUCCCCAGACCUGACUGCGGACGCAGGCACUCAGACAUCGCCGCCACUGUCCCGGAGCUCGUCCUUCACGUGGGUGUCGGACUCGUCGCUGCCGCUUCCGGACACGCCGGACACUCCAGACACGCCGGGCUCUGAGGACGACAGGUGCUCGUCAACGUCGUCCUCAGGCCUCGUGUUGGAUGGUGGCCGCCAGCACGCCGCCUCCACCGACGACUGCCUCAGCUCUGUGGAUUCGGCGGGUGGAGACUCCCCGUCCCCGACGCCUCCGGACUCGCCGCGGCUGGGGCGCGCGCGAGCUGUGAGGGCCAGCCGGGAUGAGCGAGGCCUGCCUUCCUGGGGAGCGUGCGAAGAGGAGGGACACGAGUCUGGCAUCGGCACUGCCUCGCCGCCUCCCUCACACCCCAGCAGAAGUGAGUACACACGGAGCUGUCAUAACUUCACCAGGCGGCAUAGAAAAUUCCAAAACUGCGAAAUCGCCAGCGCCGUCUCUGCCGCGGCGCUGUACUCUAAAAUUAGUGCCUUAAUCGGCCCUUUACCGGACCCUAUUUGGAUUUAGAGAAUAUUUAAAAAUUCUAGAGGUAUGUGUAAUUUGGCUAGAAUUGCCUAAACUAUUCUUAAGAAAUACAACAGUAGGUCCAAUAUCCGACUGUUCCAAAUGUAAGUUAGUAAGUUGCCAUUCGGUUGGAUUUCCAGAGUUUAAUGCUCGUCAAGCCAAAAAGUCGCACGGUAAAUACAACGUGUGAAUUUUUGAGAGAAAGGAAAGAACUUUAAAGGAAACUUUCAUAAUUUGAGGAGAGUCCUCAGAUUUAGGAGGUCAUCGGACAUCUCUUAUCAAAAGCUAAGGGAAAUUCCCACAGUUUUCGGGGAGACUUUCCCAAAACCUGAGAUUUCCCCUCGGAAGGUCUCUUCUCUUCUUUUUUUUCAAAAAAAAAAAACAACAAACAAAAAAACAUUGAUUUUACCGUGCGCGAGUUCAAGUACCCCGGAGAUCUCAGAGGUGGGCUGAUGCUCGGUGCUCGGUCCUUAACUAUGGUCACUUCUGUGAGGGAGGAGGUGGGAGAAGGCGGCUGGGCUAUCAAUCUGCUGUCGGCCGUCGACUGCUGCCCCUCCCCCACCUCCUUGCCCUCUGACUUCUCACCGCCUAUAUAGCUAUCUCUUUCGCUUCGCAAUGGAAGGUGUUGCGAAUUUGCAAAUUUGGACCUGGAGGCACCGAGGCACCCUGCGGUGUGUAGUCGCGCGGUGUACUGCGUCAUCCUCUCCUCCUUUGCCGCUGUUGUGCACUUUCGAAAUUAGUCAGGAACUUCCAAACAGCCCGUCCCCUUCUGCGUUCUACUUAAACUUCCUCUUCUUCGCUAUUACUCGUCUUAGGUAUUGAAGAACUCUAGGCAAGUCGAAUCUC